ACACACCACUCAGGCUCAGCUCAUUAAGAGAGAUAGGGGGACAGGCAGCUUGUUAAAGGCUGAGUUCUCCUUCACAUUUGACCAUUUCUAAGCAUGUAGGGCUACUGGAUUGUCAAUUAGUUAAAAAAAGAAGAAAAAAAGGCUAAAACACUAUGCCUGGAAAACAAAACAAAAAAAGUCUUAAAAUAUGUAAUACUAAAGACAAAAAAAAGUUAAAAAUUAGACAUAAAUAGGAGGUUAAAAAAAAUUAAUAAAAAUCACCCUGUUACGCCACGGCCAGCAGAUGGCACUGCGGCACGGCUUCUGACUGGUCACGUGACUCUUUUGUUUUCGUUCGCUUCCCGCUUAGACAUUGAAUUAAGUUUGAUCAUGCCUCUGAUUUGCCCCAGGUGUCCAUGUUUUGGUUUGAUUAGGUUUGCUAUUUAAACCACCCCCCGUGUAACUGCGCACUUCUCGCAGUAUUAUAGUUUGUACUAAACGUCUGAUGCCGUUCCCGGUUAUGGUUGAUUACGAUAGCGAAUGCGUUAGCAUGUUAAGCGGUCUGGUUUCAUGCCGAGGACAGCAGAGCUCCAGCCUGAGGCCUACGGGGAGGUCUCAGCUGUGGAGCUCCCACCUGAGGUCAACAUGGUGACCUCAGUGCGACAGCUUGAGGCGGCUGAGGAGGUUGUCCCGCUGCCCUGCACAGCCGAGGAAGCUGUCCUGCUGUCCAGCCCGACAGAGAAGGCCGUCCCGCUGCCCUGCAUGGCCGAGGAAGCUGUCCUGCUGUCCAGCACAGCCGAGGAGGUCGUCCCGCUGCCCUGCACAGCCGAGGAAGCUGUCCUGCUGCCCUCCAGUCCCGCUGGGGACGCCGCCCAGCCCUCCAGUCCCGCUGGGGACGCCGCCCAGCCCUCCAGUCCCGCUGGGGACGCCGCCCAGCGUUCCCGUCCUAUCGGGGGCGGUGCCCAGCGUUUCUGUUCCAGAGCCGCUGGGGGUGGCGCCCUGCAUUCCACUUUCAGCGCCGCCUGGGUCGGUGCUCCGACUUUCAACCCCGGUGGGGGUGCUGCUCCUCCCCUCUGCUGCCCGACGGAGGCUGCCUCGCUUUUUGUGGCAGCAAGAGACAGCUCGCACAGGGGCCUGGGGCCCCCGUUGGCGGGGGUUCUUGGUGCUCUGGGAGGAGCACCCUUUGGAGGGGGGUUCUGUUACGCCCCUGUUAUUUAAACCCCCCGUGUGACUGCGCACUUCGUGCAGUAUUAUAGUUUGUACCAAACGUCUGAUGCGGUUCCCGGUUAUGUUUGAUUACGAUAGUGAAUGCGUUAGCAUGUUGAGCGGUCUGGUUUCAUGCCCUGCUCUGGUUUCAAGCCAUGAUACCAGUUUCUUGUUUUCCUGGUGAAGACCGCGUUUCCUGUGUUUGUCUACUGUUAAUAAAGACUUUGACCUGCAUCCGCCUCCAGUCCUGAUAUGUAACACACCCUCCUAAAACCAGCACAAAAAUUUUAUAAAAAAUACCCAUAACAUUCAUUAUUAUUAUUACUACUAUUAAAGAAUAUAAAGUGUAAUCAAUGUGUGUAACUACAAAGUUUACUAAUAUUUGGAUAUGUUAAUAAAGUAUAAUCUAACAUGUAUAACCAACAUUUAGAAUUAUUACUUAGAAGCAUAAUUUAAAUCCAUAGUACACUUAUUAAUCAAUUUAUAUUCUAAGUGUGUUUUGAGUUAGCUGAAUUCUAUGUCUUACUGAACAGUAGGCCCAAUUGUUUUUCUGUCAACCUGUACCUUUCUGUACAGCAUAUAUCUAUAUCUCAGAGGUCCUUAUGAAGGACUGCCGCUGGAGUAGUUUCAGAUGGAACUAAGAGCAUAUAUGCGAUAACUAACUGCUAUGUGUGAAGCUAUCUAUUCACAGGAACAGAUCUAGGGACUGAGAAAGGAGAAAGAUGCUCCUUGUCCAGUGCCUACCGGAGAACAGGUGUACUUAGGGGUGUUCGACCCCAGGAGGGAUUGGCCUUGGUUGGGAUCCUAAGACAGAUUAGGUCUCAGAACAACUGCAACAGGAUGAAGCAGAUUCCAGUUCCCCCAGUAAGGAUGAAGUUGUUUGAUGAGCCAUGCCUUGGGUGCAAGUGGUAGCCUAACCUCUCCUCAAGGGCCCCACCUACUGCAUGCAUCACGUUCUGGCUUACUACUGGAUGAUCACACCUUGUCCACGCCUGCUCCAACCUUGUGCAAUAGGAUUGGUUGGCUGCAUGUCUCUGGAAGUGUACUUAAGCCUCGUCAGUCUCCAUUGCGGGGCAGAUCGUUGCCGUUGCUUUGUGUGUAGUGAGAAGUGCUUUUUCUGUGUUGAUUUCCCCUGUGUAUGACCUUCUGCCUGUCUUUGACUUUGUUUAUGCCCUGCCCCGUUACCAAUCGAGUGCUACACUUGUGUAUAUAUGUACAUAUUAUUUUGUAAAGUAGCACCCUAAUAGUCACCUUUGUAAAUAGUGCACUGUUAUAGUGAUUAGCAGGAAGUCGGUGCCAUUUAUGUUGAUUCUUCUUUUCUCGUGGUUUUGGGUUAGCUAGGGAGUGAGGGAAGAAAGUGUAUUUUUGUUUACUUUUCUUGUAGAGUAGUUAGUUUUCUUUGAGUACAGUUAGAGGGUAUUUUUGUUUAUUAUUUUGGCCUGGUCGGCUUCUGAGG